GUACCUGUUUCUUUUGCAAGCUGGUAAUAUUUAUCUUUACGCUGCCGUCCAAUUUUCGACUUUUUACCCAUAUUGACGAGUUACUCUUAAAACUUUCACAAAUAUAAAAACUUAUUUCACUACUAUUUUAGCGAAAAACGCAUUUUAAAAGAGCAUGUUUGACAGCACAACACACGUGAAGAAUUUGAGGUUAGGUUGAUCCAACCAUAGACGUAUAAGUUGUAGAGUUCACAACGAUAGAAGUUUUUGUGGGUAGAGUAAAAUUGUGUAUAUUCUAAAUUUAAUGCUAAUGUAUAUUUUGAUUUCAAAAACGUGCAUGGAACAAAACGUGUGUCACAUACAUAGAAAAAAUACUAAUAAAAUCUUAGAAGACAAUAUAAUAGUAUUAUUUCUAUGGUCACAUUAAACAAAUAUAAAGCGCCAUCUGUUAUUGAGUAAUGAAAGUGCUUUAACAUGUUUAUAUACUUAACAAUUUAAUGAUUAUUUGGGAAAAAUUUAGAAAAAUAUAAAAGUAGUAAUGAGUGACUUUAAAAAAAUCCGCAAACAAUUUUUGUGUGCAGUGCCCUUAAACCAAAUAAAUUUAAUCGAUUUACUGAAAGAUGUAAGCGCAAAAAAUCAAGAGCAACUAAUAAAAGAUACAGUUGAUGAUGAGCUGGUUCUGAAGCGUCCGAUUGCAAUAAACUACCAAAAAGCCUUUGUCAAAGAGGUUAUGAACAUUUUUGAAAAACAGAACUCUGUAAUAGACGACUCGGUGUACGAAGCCUACGGCCGCUUGGUGGCGCUACCGUCGGAAAAUUUAUAUUUUAAACAUUAUUUGAAUGAUUUUGGCGAUAUUGUUAGUUUAAUGGAAAAUGUUAAUUUAAUUUCGGAUGGCACAACAGGUUUAAGAACAUGGCAGGCAGCUGUAGCAUUUUCCGAAUGGUCACUUCAAAAUUGUAACGAUUUUGCUGAUCAGUCGGUUUUAGAACUCGGUUCAGGAAUUGGUUUAACCGGCUUAACCAUAGUUAACCAUUGUGGUCCAAAAAAAUUUUAUUUUUCUGAUUGUCAUCCAUCAGUUUUAUCAACCCUUUGUGAUAAUGUAACAUUAAAUUUAAACCCUCUUGAACCAGAAAAAAAACAAGAUUACCGAAACAAAAUUGAAGACAAUGAAGUAUUUUUAAUGCAGGGAGAUUUUGUAAAUUUAAAUUCCAUUGUUGUGCCAGUGGGAGUAUUAAAUAUUUCAUGGGAGAAAUUUGAUGAAAAAACUUGCAAAAAAAUUGGAAAUAUCGACAAAGUCAUAGCAACUGAUAUUGUUUAUGACAGUGACUUAUUUGAACCUUUAUUCCAUGCCCUUAACACAUUGGCUGAAUAUUGCAGAGUAAAGGAGUUUAUUUUUUGUUGCACUGAAAGAAAUAAGGAAACUCUUAAUUCAUUUUUAAUGCAAUUACUUGAAAGAAAUUUUAUGAUAUUACAUGAGAUUCAAGUCCCUAAAGAACAACAUUUUGUGUGGUCCAAUGAAACACCUAUAAGAAUACAUGCAUUUAUGAAAAAAUGAUUUUUUCUUUUGUUUUAAGUUAUAAAAAAAACAUGUUAACU